AUGGCCAAAGUACAGAAGAAGAAAGUCAGUAAAAGUAAAGGGAAAUCAGCUAAGUCUAAGAUUGAAAAAUUAAAUGCAGAUUUGAAAGAAAUUGAGAGUAUAAAGUCAUUAGUAGGAGUUAGAGAAAAGACCAAUAAAGUUCUUGAUGCAAAGAAGAUUAAGGAGGAUUUGACUAAACAGAAGGAAGAUAAGGAGAGAAACAAGAAGGCAGAGAGUGAAUUGGAGCAACAAUUGGAAAUGUUAACAGGAAUGGGGUUAUAA